CUUGUUUCUUGUUUCUCUUGGAUGCAGCAGCUGAGCAGUGAAGGAUGCUGAUGCUUUUGUGGCUGAAAAUCCACCUGCCUUAUAUAGUCCAGGACUUACAAUGACCGGAAACACCAAAGGAGCAGGAAGGGCAGGUUCCUUUUGCAAUCCUGCAUCACAUCAGAAUGAGGCUUUUCCACCCGGGUCAUUAUCUGUGGUGUAACGUUCACCAUCAUCAAUAGCCUUGAGGGGGAGGAAGGAGAAAGAAGGAGGAAAAGCCACUUUUGUGUAAAGUGAAAGGCAGUGAUGUCACCUGUAAGUAUGCUGCUGUGUGACAGAGUGGGGAAUUCUCAGUAACUCCUCCUUUACACAAACAGAUCAUAUUUAAGGCAAACCUUCGUCCCUCCUUCAGCACAACUCAGCUUUCCAUCAGUCUGAACAACUUCAACAGAAACACCAUGGCAGCCUCAAACGGUUUUCCUGCCAGUUUCUAUGGAGAACCAGGAGUGUUAGGAAUGUUAUCCAAUGGGAUCAGUGCAUUCCUUGUACUUCUACAGAACUUCAGCACAGCUCACACUGGCAUUAAACCAGUUGGAGUGGAGAACAUACUUGCAGGUGUUCAUCUCAUCCUGAUUGGUGGUUUGUGCCAGCUGGUGGCUGGACUGCUCUCCUUUAGAAAGUACGAUCACCUGAGUGGCACUGCCUUCAUCGGCUACGCUGCCCUUUGGGGUAGCUAUGGGGCGACCAGAAUCUACUAUGGUGCUUUAUUUAACAAUCAGACUAUACCAUCAGUGUCAGAGCACAUGUUCAAUGGUUCAACCACCAACAUGAUGGUCAACACUUCUCUUCAAAACUCAACACAGUGCCACUUAUGUGUGUCCAUAGAAGAGUCAGCCAUUGCUGGUCUGAUCCCUUAUAUCCUUCUGUCCUUUAUCCUGGCAUUUUGCUCUGCCACGGUCAACUACAUCAUGCCUUUUGUUUUUGGAGCCAUCACGGCCACUUUGAUCUUUGAAGCAGCAGCUCUGGUGACAGGCCCUUGGGCUCUGGUGGUCUCUGGGGUUCUGGAGCUGCUCAUUUUGAUCUUUGCCAUCUAUGGUUCAGCUGCUCUACUCAUCAAAGGGCUGACUCAACGUCUGGUUCUUAAAGGCUUUGGGACCCCCCUCUUUAAUGUUCUCCUGCUAGGAACCACCAACUCAACAGGUGCUCAGAAACCUGGUCAAGAGAAGAAGAAGAACACAAAAUAUGCAGAGCCCAUGGCCUUGGGAUUCUUCUGUGACUCUAUUGCUCCCUUCAUCGUUGCCUUCUACAGCUUUGGGUACAUGAAAUCGUUUGGUUUAGGAGUUGCAUGGGUAUCAAUCAUCUCAGUCGCCCAGCUGUUCUCCAGCUACUACGCUCAUUUGCGCCAGGAUAGCUACCACACUACAAAAUUUGGGAUUCAUGCCAUGUAUUGGCUGAUCAAGGCUUGGGAUGAGUUUGUGGCAUCUGCCCUGAUUGUGGAGCACAGUCAAGUUGUUGCUGGUAGGGAAGCCAUGGUGGGAGACUGGUUCUUUGUGGUGGCCGGCUUGGUGCUCUGUGUGGGAAGCCUGAACAUGGACACUCUGGAGCUGAUCCACAACUUGCUCUUUGUUCUGCUCACAGUCUCAACAAUCCCCCAGAUCCCCCUGCAGGGUUACUACAUCUUCUUUGGUGUAGCCUGCUCUCUCUUCACUGCAGUCUCAGUCUACGGUACCUUCUCACGCCUCAUAAACACCAUCGCAGAGAAGUCUCUAAUCCCUGUGGGACCACAGCCGGUCUCCUCCGAGCAGCUGAAGAGAGCUCUGAUGUGUAGAAGGUCUCAACAGGGAGAACAAAAAGAGCUGCCCAACAGUGACCAGGCCUCAGAUGCUCUGUUUUAUCUCACCAACGGGGUUGCAGCACUUUCAGCUCUUCAUUCAGAAGUGUCAAGUGGGAACCCUUCAUUCCUUCAUCUGACUGUCCCCUGGGUCCUCAUCUCUGGAGGCAUCAUUCAGACCUAUGUCAGCAGGCUACAAGUCACCGGAGAGGGCCGGUUUGGAUCAGUCAUCUCAUCCAUCUACGUGGUUGCAUGGGCAACUUGGACGUGGUUUCGAUUUGCAGGUAUGUCAGCAUAAAGUAUGAGCAAAAUACAUUUUUUCUGACUGAUUUGAACAAUAUUCUCAUCAGGAGUUAUUGUUCUACAGGUUUUCAGCUUCAGCUCCCCGUCCAGGCAGCCUAUAGAUUCACAGCUGGAGGCGUUGCUUUACUGGUCAUUAAUGCCUUCCUCAUGCUGAUUGGUAAGGUCUAGUAUCUGCUUUCAGUGCUGGAAAUCACAAUUUUUAUUCAUUCAUAAUUUUGUACUUUUGUUUCUUCUAUUAGCUGCUUAUAGGAACGUGGUUCUGUUGUUUCUAACAACAAUCAUGGAGGUUGUUCUUGUCUGCUUCCUUCUCUCCACCCUGCACAGACUUCCAUACCAACUUGAAAGUGAGUUAAAACCGCCUGUUAUAAACUUUAUGUAUUUACGAUACUGACUCUCAUCAGAACAAAUAAAGUCUAACAUCCAGAAACGAUGUAUUGCAGUUGCCAUGCUUGCAUUGGUAUCCAUCAUUUGCUUUUAUGGCACCUUGGCUUCACUGAUGAACUGCAUCUUCUCACAAAGAGUGAUCCCAAUGGGUCCUCCCAUAAUAAAGGUAAUGACUGAAGUUUAGAUUGACCUACCUUUAAGAAUCAGCAUGAAUAAUUAAUAAAAAUGUGUGUGUGUGUUGUUUUAGGAAAAAGUGAAACAGGAAGCUUGUGACGAGCCGUCCUGUCCGGUGGCUAGCUCGCGUCUCACCAGCGGUCUGUUGAAGAUAGCUCGACUUCUCGAGGACGGGGGUGUGUGUGGUAUUCCCACAGAUACUGUGUACGCUCUGGCUGCUUCCUGCAAGAAUCCUCAGGCGAUAGAAAAAAUCUACAACAUUAAAGUAAGAAGAUAGAGGAGGCUUGUUUAACAGCAAUAUACAUUUUCAUGAAGUCACCAUCUUGUUGAAUUGGACCUUUUGCAGGACAGACCUGCAGAGAAGCCUAUAUGCAUUUGCAUCUCCAGUGUGGAACAGCUGGUUGCAGCCAGGCCUCCUUUCAGCCCUCUGCUGUGGGAAUUCAUGAGGAAUGUGUAUCCUGGAGGCAUCAGCUGCAUUGUCAGCAAAGGAGACUGGCUUUACAGACUAGGUCAGCAGUGUAGAGUGUUUGAAUGUUGAGUGGCAGAAUUCUGUAUCAGUAUUCAGUUUUUACGUGAACUUUAACCUCAUUUCUGUAGGAGUUGGACCUGCUUAUGACCGUGUUGGUACCAGAGACAGCAUCAUGAUCCGUGUCCCAGACCACACCGUGACCUGCCACCUAUGUGACAUCACUGGACCCCUGGCCAUAACAUCAGCCAAUCCCAGUGGAGAAUCAGACAGCACCCACCACAGCAUGGUCAUUAAGUAAGAGUCUCCUCAAAGAAGUUUAAUGCAAACUAACAAACAACACAUCUCUAACACUUUUAGCACCAUGCACUAAUUACUGUUUCAAACUGCUUCUUUUGCUGCAGUCGACUGGGACACAAGAUCCAAGGAGUACUUUGUGAUGGUGACUCGAAUGAAGUAGUUGCUUCAACUGUGGUCAACUGCCUGAGGAUUGAUGAAGGUAAGGGGCCAUGAUUUCUUCCUACUGGGGCUGUUUAAGGUCAAGUUUCUAACUGAAGCUCUUCUAACCUUCGUUCAGGAGUCAUCACCAUUGUGAGAGAAGGCUGUGUCCCUGCUAUCAAAGUCCAACAGAUCUUUGACAGACUGAAGAACUCCAUGAUUUGAGUGUCUCUUAGCGAAGACUGUCUACCUGGCUGAUCACCUUCAAGUCAACUUGUCUAACCCAAGCUGUGCUUUGCUUUUCAUACUGACAAACAGCAAAAGAGGGAAAAGAAAACUAAAGAUGUGUGUUUAUAUGGAUGUAACUUUUGUGUCUUAGUGGAUGCAUAGAUAGAUGGCUAAUUCAAAAGUCAUCUUAAACUGCAUGAAGUCCACAAUGUUUUGCAUUAUUUAUAUAUUUAUUGUUAUAUUUAUUUUCAAAAUAUAUCAACACAAACACUUUGAAUGUGUAAAUAAGUAUUUAUGUUUUUUUAAUUUAUAAUGUUUGAACUCAUUGUAAAACAGAAUGUCUUUGUGUGGUUUCUGCAUUGAAGUGCUCUCAUGCAUUAAUUUAUUUGUGCAAUAAAACAACUAAAGUUUA